AUGGAGACCCCAGAGACUAUCUCAAAAGGCGACACAGCCAAGACGGCUGAAGUCUGUUCAGCCCACGGCAUUACGCCGAAAGAGUUCUCAGAGCUCCGUGAGCGUGCAGUUGCAGCCAAGGCCACAGCGUACUGCCCGUACAGCCAGUUCCGCGUCGGGGCCACGGUUCUCUCAAGCCUGGGUGAGCUCACGAGCGGCGCAAAUGUGGAAAACGCGGCGUAUCCUGUGGGAACAUGUGCAGAGCGCGUGGCCCUUGGUACAGCUGUGACAAGCGGUCAUCGUGGGUUCCGGGCCAUUGCUGUCGCAACUGAUAUUGCGCCACCGGCGAGUCCAUGUGGAAUGUGUAGACAGUUCAUACGCGAGUUUUGCACGCUGGAUACACCCAUUAUCAUGUUCGAUAAGAAUGAGGAUUUUGUGAUUGCAAAACUGCGACAGCUUUUGCCAAUGUCUUUUGGACCUGACCAGCUUCCACCUCCGGGAGCACCAGGAACAAGAUAG